ACCACCGGCAUUGUAGCAUUGUGCAUCCGUGCAUGGGACAGAAAGCAACAUUGCAGCACCCCGAUAACCUUGAUACGGCGAAACUAUACCACGCGACAUGAUGUAUAAGAUGGCCUGGCCUGGCCUGGCCUGGGUGGAGCAGAGCCUCCUGGGGAUCCAUCAUAGUCCGAUGCGCUGCACCCUUGCACCUACCUCAUUAUGACACGUACACCCGCCGACGAAUACGUCCUUCUUACGAAUAAAGAUGCUCGGCUGGAUCCAUCCGAGGUCGAUGAUAUCUACAGCCAGCUCCAGCCAGCCGAUCCGGCAUCCCUGGAAGGCGAAUGGGACAUGCAUGUCAUCGAUACGGGCCAUCCUGCCCAAGCCUUAGCAGAGGACAUACUCCCUCUCAUGAACACCAUGGACCCGGAUGCAGGUACUGGGAAGAUUCACGAGAUGAAGUUCCACGGAGCUGCUGGUAGCCUGCUGGUCCCGGAAGAUCAGGGAAUGAAGCAGCGUUUUCGCUAUGUGGACGAAAGUACGAUCGCUGCCACCAAUGAUUACCGGCCUCACUACGGCGAUUCGGGCGUUCUUCAUUUCUACCUCACCAGGGCGGAGGAUUGAUGUCCUAUAGAUCUUUGGGGAAAUUCUUGACGGUGACUAGCUUACAAUGGCGCAGUGUACCGUACCUGGGAAUUGAUUUU